AUGUCAAAAAAGCUUAAGAGAACAGAUCUUUUUGCUAAGGAUGUAGGUUCGCUGCUUUAUGCUUAUGGAGACGUUGCUCAACCACUACCAGAAACUGUGCAAUGUCUGGAUGAGCUAGUCUCUGGAUACUUGGUAGAUAUUUGUUCUGCUGCUUAUAGAACGGCUCAAGGUUCAAGAAGGAGUAAGCUAAAGCUAGAAGAUUUCAAGUUUGCCAUACGACGGGAUCCCAUCAAGUUAGGCAGAGCUGAAGAGCUUAUUGCUACUAAUAAGCUUAUUACGGAGGCUAAGAGACAGUUCAAUGGUACAGAUAAUCAGAACUUAAAACGAUUCAGAGAGGGAGAAGAAGAUGACGAGUAUCAGGAUGGUGAUAUGGACAAUGAGGACGAUUUAGAGGCUGGUGAAGCCGCUACGACGUCUAAUGGUAAGACAACCAAGCAAAAGUCUACAAAAGGCAAGCACAGCAAGAAGUCAAAACAACAUUAA